AUGGCGCCCGUCCUCCUCGGCCCUCCCGUGAUCCGCGGCGCCCGCUCGCCGCCCGCGGCCGCCGACGCCCCGGCCUCCCACCCCUUCCUCGACCUCCUCGACGCCGGCUUCAACGACGCGCCGCCCUGCACCGACGCCGCCAAGGCGGGGCUGCCGCCCAACAAGACGCGCACCGAGAACGGCGCCGCCACCUACGCGGCCUCCGGGAACCCCUGCCUGGACCUCUUCUUCCAGGUGGUCCCGGGCACCCCGCCGGACCGCGUGCGGGGGCUCGUGGAGGCCGCCUGGGCGCGCGACCCGCUCACGGCGCUCCGGCUCGUCGCGAACCUCCGCGGCGUGCGCGGCACGGGCAAGUCCGACCGCGACGGGUUCUACGCCGCCGCGCUCUGGGUGCACGGCCGCCACCCGCGCACGCUCGCCUGCAACGUCCCGGCCCUCGCGGAGUUCGGCUACCUCAAGGACUUCCCCGAGCUGCUCUACCGCCUCGUCCAUGGGGGCGACGUCCGCGCGGUCGCCAAGGCCAGGGCCGACGCCGAGAAGGGGCGCAGGGCAGCCAAGGUCCGCCUCGCGCAGCUGGCCAGCCGGAGGCGGCGCCGCGCCGUCGAGCUCUUCCAGGCCCCGCCGGCCCCGCGCCAGCCCACGCUCGCCGACUACGUGGCCGCCGCGCUAACCACCACCAGGAGGCCUAAGUCCAAGCGAGACAGGAAGGCGGCGGCCGUGGCCGCGGUGCGGAAGGUAGCCAAGCUCGCUGUGCAGUCGCUGGAGAUGUACUACGGCGACCGCGCCUACCGCUUCCUGUUCGACUGCAUCGCCGACUUCUUCGCCGACCUCCUCGCAUCCGACCUCAAGCAGCUCGCGCCCGGCGGCAAGAAGAGGAAGAUCGGUCUCGCCGCCAAGUGGUGCCCGACGCCGGGCUCGUCGUUCGACCGCUCGACGCUGCUCUGCGAGGCCAUCGCCCGCCGCCUCUUCCCGCGCGACUCCAACCCCAACUACGCCGGCCUGUCGGAGGAGCACUACUCGUACCAGGUGCUCCACCGUCUCCGCCGCGAGGUGCUGGUGCCGCUGCGCAAGGUCCUCGAGCUCCCCGAGGUGUACAUGAGCGCCCAGCGGUGGUCCGAGCUGCCCUACACCCGCGUCGCCUCGGUGGCCAUGAGGCGCUACAAGGCCCUGUUCAAGAAGCACGACGAGGAGCGCUUCGGCAAGUACCUCGAGGACGUGGCGGCGGGCAAGGCCAAGAUCGCGGCCGGCGCGCUCCUGCCCCACGAGAUCGCCGCCGCGGCCUUCCGCGGCGAGAAGGACGACGUGUCGGAGCUGCAGUGGCGCCGCAUGGUGGACGACCUCCUCAAGAAGGGCUCGCUGAGCAACUGCAUCGCCGUCUGCGACGUGUCCGGGAGCAUGAGCGGCACGCCGAUGGAGGUGUGCGUCGCGCUGGGCUUGCUCAUCUCGGAGCUCAGCGAGAAGCCGUGGGCGGGCAGGGUGAUCACCUUCAGCCAGCAUCCGGAGAUCCACAUGAUCAAAGGGAAGAGCCUCCAGGAGAAGCUGAGGUUCGUUCAGCGCAUGGAUUGGGGAAUGACCACCAACUUCCAGGCGGUGUUCGACCGCAUCCUCCGCACGGCGGUGGACGCCCGGCUGCCGCGGGAGAAGAUGAUCAGGACCGUGUUCGUGUUCAGCGACAUGGAGUUCGACCAAGCGUCGGCGAACCCAUGGCGGUGGGAGACUGACUACGAGGCCAUCUGCCGCAAGUUCCGGGACGCCGGGUACGGCGACGUGGUGCCACAGAUCGUGUUCUGGAACCUGCGGGACUCGCGCUCCACGCCCGUGACGUCGACGCAGCCAGGGGUCGCCAUGGUGAGCGGGUUCUCGAAGAACUUCGUCAAGCUGUUCUUGGAGAACGAUGGCGUGGUGAGCCCGGAGGCUGUCAUGAAUGCAGCGAUCGCCGGCGAGGAGUACCAGAAGCUUGCCGUGUUUGAUUGAUCAAGGCGUAGGUGAGAUCGGUGCCGUGAGGGCUGGUCCUGGAUAGUCUGAAUGUUCUGCAUAAAUCUGAUGUAUGCACCAAUGCCGAAUAGGUGAUGAUUAGCGAAUUUUUUUUUUCGUUCGGCUUUUAGAGCCUCUG